AUGGACGGGUUAUUAUUAUCUUCUUCUGCAUCAUCUUUGAGUCCUAGGAAGACCUCGUAUUAUUUAUUAAUUGUUUUACUUUGUUUGUUGUUGGUAGUUGUACAAUCGUCAUCAUCAUGGCUAGUGAGUGGCUCUUCUUUCAAGUUUGAAAGUGAAUUGUACAGUUUUGAAACUAUCGACUCGGAGGCUUCUUCUUCAUCUUUGCAAUGGAUUGAUACUUCCUUGAGUAAUAAUGAGAAUAACAUUAUGAUGACGAUGGAAAGUGAAACUCUAUCUUCCAAUACUAAUAACAACACAAAGGAAGCUAAUGGAGUGGCCCUAUUUACCUACUCCCACGAGUCGAGUAUUCUCAAGUGGGAAAUAUUGUCAAAGGCUUCGAAUUUUACCUAUGAACAGAGUGUUGAGCAGGAUAGAUGGUUUGUUUUGGCUCACUCUGAUUAUGUCAAUGAAACUAAUGCUAUGGAAUAUUGGGAUAGGAAUGAAACAACGAGGAGAUUUAUAGUUUUAGGUCAAUCAUGGAAGGGAUUAAUGAAUGAAACUAGAAAAUCUAUCAAUAUUCCGGAUCUAUUCGAAAAUUUGUACAAGGUGAUGGUUAUCCAAGUGGAAAGAAGUGAUAUCAAGAAAAUAACAGUGAUUGAAAGUGGAAUUAUGAAGAAUGUCUGUAAAUCAAGCUCACCUAUCGGAAGUUACAAUUUAAGAAAUUGGAAAAUGUGGAUUGUGUUAAUAUUUGUAGUUUUCAUGUUAAUUGCAUUGAUUAUGGAUGUGUUUAGACCAUACUAUGUGGUCAUGGUAACUUUGAUUUUAUUUACCAUAACGGAAAUUAUUUCUGUGAAAGAAGCACUUGAAGGAUUUAGUAAUGAGGGUAUGGUAACAAUUGGUUUACUAUUUGUUGUAGUUCAACCACUUAGUCACAAUCCAAUUCUACUCAAAUUGUCCAAAUUGAUGUUUGGUAAACCAAAAUUUUUGCCACUCACACUUUUCAGAAUUAUCUUCCCAAUCUCAAUACUUUCCAUGUUUUUGAAUAAUACUCCAAUUGUAGUAGCAUUCACACCACUAAUUGUAGAGUGGGCUCGUGAAAACAAAGUACCUGCCAGUAAGAUUUUGAUUCCGCUCUCAUAUGCCACACUUGCUGGAGGUUGUUGUACAAUUAUUGGAACAUCCACCAACUUGGUUGGGUCAGGUUUGAUGGAAAGUUAUGAUUUGGAUCCACUUUCAUUCUUUGAGUUGAUUUACAUUGGAGGAAUAUUGUUGGUCAUCAUGUUGUUCUAUUUGUGCUUUAUUUCAAUUUGGAUUUUACCAUCCAAUACUGCAGGAAUGAUGGAUUCCUACUCAAAGGAAAAGGGAGAAUCAUUCAUGAGUCAUUUUGUUGUUCCAGAAAAGUCACCACUUGCUGGAAAAUCAAAGAAAUCUGUUUUGGCUCACCUAGGAUUGAAAUCUUUGGAAAUUAUCAAGGUUGUAAGAACCAAAGAAAAUGCAUCUGAAGAUUUGGAAGUUGCCAAUAAUACUACAGUUACCUCAGUGGAGCAAAUUACACCAGUAGAAGAUACUUUCAGAAUUCAAAAAGGUGACAGACUUGUAUUCAGAGGUCUUCCAGAAGAUAUCAUGCAUUUGCACUCUAUUACUGGUAUUGAAAAGAAGGUAAAGUUUAAUAAUGUAAUCUUCAAGGAGAGCAAUGAAACUCCAAUCAUUGAAGAAAAGCCAUCCAUAUUUUCCAAGUUUUCAUUUGGAAAGAAGAAGAAGGACAAGAGUGAAUCCAUGUCCCUGAUGGAAUCCAAUAAGAAUGCCACAUAUUAUGGCGGUGGAGAUAGUGAUACCAUCUCGACAGAAAUCAAGGAAUUGACUGAAGAACCAAAGGAUGAACAAUUGCUAGAAGUUACAGAUCAAGCACCACCUUCCACCUCUAGUGAUGUCAAAAAAUCACUCAAAGGUAAAGAAAUUGGUGCUGAUUUGGAAUUCUUAGAAGUGGUCAUUUCAAAUAAUAAUUCACUUCUUGGAUCUGAUUAUAGAGCUUUUGAAAAACACUUCCAAACAGUCGUUUUUGCUCUCAAGCACAGAGAAACACUGAUUGAAACAAACACAGAGACUGAUGAUUUCCACUCAGCAAAUGUUUCAACAGGAGAUUCUGUUUUAAUUAUUGCUCCAAAAGAUUUCCAUGACAAGUGGAUUGAAACUAGAGAAUUUUUCUUAAUUUCUCGCUCCACAGUAGAUCCAAAGAAGGAUGUGAGAAAAUUCAUUGUCAAAUUCAGAGGAAAGGAAUUCAAUUUGUGGUGGUGGGAAUAUCUUGUUGUUCCAAUUUUCGUCCUCAUGGUUGCUGGUGCAACUGCUGGUUAUCCAAUGAUCAAAUGUGUCAUGAUUGCAUUCGUUUUGAUGAUUUUGCUCAAAUUAAUUAAUCCAACUAAGGCUGUCCAAGUUGUUGAUUGGCAAUUGUUAUUAUUAAUUGCUGGAAGUUUUGGUGUUGGCUUAGCUAUUAAGAAUAGUGGUUUUGCUGAGGCUCUUGCUGAAUUGGUUGUCUAUUUGAAAAUUCCACCACUCGUGAUUCCAGCAUUAAUUUUCCUCUUUACACAAAUUUGUAGUGCUGUCAUUACAAACACAGCUGCUGUGAGCGUUAAUCUUCCACUUGCUUUGGCUAUUGCUGAAGCCAAUGGUUUAAAUCCAAGAAUGAUUAGUAUUAUUGUGAUUGUUGCUGCAUCCUCUGAUUAUACAUCUCCUAUUGGUUCCACGACAAAUCUCAUUGUCCAAGGACCUGGAGGAUACAAAUUCUUUGACUUUACCAAAGUUGGUCUUCCUCUUAAUGUAAUGUUCUUGGCUGCAUGUGGUACUUUGAUUCCAUUAAUUUGGGGUUUAAAUGCUCCUAAUUUCUAA